CUUAAAUGGUAUUCUACUCUUCUUACACAGACAAAGUUCGUGUGAUGCAAUGUCCACCGAUCUUCCACGCCCGGGCCUUCGCCCGUUGUCGCAACUGAAAGCUGGGCCGACGACGUCUAGCUCUAGAUCCACUGCGCGGCCAGCGGCCUCGACUCUGCAGUCUUCCUCAUCCCAAACAUCCCAGCGACCGCAACACCGCAGGAAUUUGAGCAGGGAUGAGCAGAUCAAUCCCCUGGGCGACAAGGCGACUGCGGCGCUCAUUCGUCGCGUCCUUUGUCCCCAGUCGACCAGCUAUGGCGGAGCUUCCACUCCACCACCUCUCGAGGAGCUCUUGCCCCCUUUGACAAGCUCAAAUGAGGUGGACCGCCAACUAUAUGCCCUCGUUGCCAUCAUCGUCAAGGAAUUUGUCUUCUCCUGGUAUUCCAAAAUAACGGCCGAUCAGGCUUUUGCUGCGGAGGUCAUCCAGGUGAUGGCGCACUGUACUCGCGCGCUGGAGCAGAGGCUGCGAGAGAUAGAUGUCGCUCAGUUGCUUCUGGAUGAGAUACCAGACUUGGUAGAGACCCAUAUUACAUCAUACAGACUAGCAAGAGCGCAGUCGAGCAUGUCGGGGUUUUCUCCAUCUGUCCGCCAAAUCUACCACACUUUGAAUCCACAUCCUAGCCUUUCGCCAAUCCCGGACCCUUCCGAUGCGGAGACAAUUACGCGGCAACGUGAAAAUGAAGCGGUAUAUCGGCAAUUACUGGCGCAGGGGGCGCUGGCUGUUCUCCUUCCAACGGAGGAUUUGGAGAAUGCGUGCCUGCGCACACUGGUUGGCGACAUCCUGGCGGACCUGAUUCUGGGCAACGAAGUGAGCGGGAGAAUGACCAAAGGCUGGUUCCUUUGGGGCAGUGUCACGAAGAUCAUCGAUGUGGUGAGACAACGUGACAACCGUGAGGAUGAUACUGCAACGACGGGGAAGGGCCAGUUACAGAAGUUCGGCCUCCUUUCGCCCAGGGAAGAAUUCGUGAGGGCCCGUUCGCCGCCCAAGAUCCAGUUGAGGAUCCCCGACUGGAUUUGGAAUUUACUUCAGUUGGGUUACUUGGCCGUUGUGACCCUGCGUUUCAUCGUCGUAGGUCUGUUCCGCGUUGCAUUUACGGGUCCGGUGACCUCACCAUCGACUUCCACCGCUUCAACCAGUCAAACCAACAAGACCCCCACCCCGUACAAUAACCCCGAGGGCAAGCGCCCCGUUCUCUACUACCGAGCAUCGAGCAUGCUCUCGCAGCUGGUGGAUAUACCUCGGCGGAUGCCCUGGUUGAGCGGGAUGUUGGCGCUUUUCCAAUACCUGAUUGUGGCGGGUCCAGGCAGACUCGGUGACACGGAUAGCGUCCUUGAUAGGUUCCUUCACGAGACCAUUCAAGACUAUAUUUUGACCCCCACUUUAUUGCCCAAUCUGCUCCUCGCAUCGCGGGCAGCCCUGUUUCCCUCGAAUUCGCAUCCGACCGCCGCGGCCGCGACCGCUAAGGGCGUAAGUGUUGGGCCGCAGCCGGCACCACACCCGCCGUCUCUGCCCGUGUCUGUCGCCCCUCGUAGUGAUUCCACUGGCGCAAGUACCGCCAGCAGUAGCGUUGCUACCGCGUCAGCGCCUGCGCCCCCGUCCUCCGUAUCGCCGCCCACCGACAGUCGCCUGUCCGUGGCCGAAAUCGCUUCCAUAAAGCGAUCGUGCGCGGCCCGCAUCCUCUCGUUCGUACCUCGGCCAGUCGCGCGACGGUUUUUGGGCCUGUCAACCUCGCCUUCUCCGCCUGGCUCGCCUGGAGCGGCCCCUGGGGAACGCCAAGAGUCUUGGGCCGCCUCCAAGGAAGCACAACAACCGCCACCCCCAGCGCGGGCUCCAUCCCCGCCAUCACCGCCAGAUCUGACACCGACCUCGCAGGACGACGAGGAGGCGCGUCUGCUGACAGCGAUUGAGACCGAUAUUCUGGAUCUCUUUGCCGACGACUACUGCAACCGGCACCUCGUGUACGCGAUCAUCGAGACCGUGCUGUCCAGGCUUCUACCCGAGCUAUCGGAAUACAGUGUCACCGAAUUAAUGGAGCACAGGGGUGUACCCCUG